GGGUCUUCGACCCAUCCGACGGCGCAAGUUUCACGUGAAUUUAAUGGCAAAUAACAUAACACGUGAUGUUUACAUGAGGGUAUCACGUAUGCUGUCAAGAGAGGUGGUUAAAAAAUAGUCAAUCGAAGGUGGAAUGAGUAAUUGGGAGGGGCACAAUGACGCCGGUUGUCUGUGCAUUCUCUAGUGGAGAAUCGUGUUCCGGAUAAACGAGUGUCGCGUACUAACAGUGCAUUAUGACGUUAUAGGCAAUUCAAGACGAUGCGCACGAUUCUAACGUCGGAGUAUUACCCCGAAUGAGUGAAAGAGGUGGGGUUGGCGCGAAAUAUCCGAGGCGGGGAGAAAUCGGGGGUUGUGGUGCCUCAGUAGGGGUCGGGAGCCCGAGCGACCAACUUGGCUUUUCGGUGUGUCGGCACGCCGACAUUCUCGCCGUUUCAGUGAUUCUAUUUUUAUUUCCCAUUUUCCAUUUUUUUCAUUCAGUGUAACUACGUCUUUUCAAAUCUACCUUGCACUAUCUACCCAUGUACCAUACACACGUAGUAUAUAUCCUGUGUUAUAUACACUGUAGUAUAUGAGGAUUGGAUUUUGGUGCGGGGCACACGUCAUGUUUUUGUAAAACUAAAAAAGAGAAAUCGGGAGAACGACAUUCGUCACAAUUGAUAUAAAUUUUCAAUUCAAAAUAACACGAGGAACCAUUGUGUACUGAAGUGCUAACACGAGAAUAUCAGUAACCGAUCGAAUGAAAUUUGCGAGAGUAUAAAAUACCCCUGAAGGUUAUGAUCGAAUUAAGUCUCCAAACCUGAUAAAGACUCCCGCUGUUUCAAUUUCGAAUAAUUUCCCCCACCGAUUUAAAGCCCCAAUAUUUCACCAAAAACCCACAAGACAUUGCCACAUAAAUUUCAAUUCCAAAAGUGUUAUAUAUCAUCAACCAGGCGUGACCAAUCAAGCCGAUACAACUGAAAACUCAGCAACACUUGGAUGAAUAUGAAGAACGAAUGAAUGGUACCGCAGGACAAAGGAUCGAACUCAUAUCUUCAGUUAAUCAAAAAGCGAUUGUUUGAUUUUCGAUAUCGAUGGGCUCAAGGCCGUGAUAAGCGGGAGUCGGUGGAUAGAAAAGUCUUUUGUGCCACAUAUAGUCGGCUGUACAAACGACAGGAACUAAAAUCGAGGACAAAUAAAUAAUAUACAGGCAUAUUUUUCACCAUGUGUUGGUGCAAUUGCCCUGAAUAUGUCUGAAAACCCAAUGCCCAGUGUUUGUUCCGGUGCUGUCGAGGGCUGGAGUUUAGAUUCCAAUUGAAUUCCGAGUGAAGUUUUAAUCGAAACAAGGACAGGAGAUUUAGGUGGAUAGUUGUGUGAAGGGCUAUGCUGUGCCUCGAUAUGAAAUUGGUGUCGAGACUGAGGGGUUUGUCGACGAGUUCGUCGUCCAGCAGCUCCAACUCUGGGGGAACAUCGGCGACGGGUCAAUUGCCGGUGGAGAAACAGAGGCGACGGUCCAGUCGCGGAAGCAACAGCAAUGCCAGUCCUUCUGUUAGUGAUCGAGAGAGUGAUGAAGAUAUUCCCAGUGUUCCCAGGAUCGUCCGGGAUCGAUCUAGAUCUGUCUGCAUGCCAGUUCUCACGAGCUCACAGAUGCGGCAUCUGCACCGACGAGCUAGUCAUCAUGUAUCAUCAACCGACACGACCUCACGACGAGGAGUUUUGUCUCGGCGGUGCUAUGGCAGCGUUGAAAUGCUGCCACAGAUUGAACAGGAUGGAAUGGAGAACGGGAGGAGAUUCAGAGUGGAGAAUGGCGAUUCGCCCGGGGAGAAAGAAGAGAUGUUCGGCUCACCGAGUACACCUGUCCUGGAGAACCCGGAGUAUCAGACCCGCUGGUACUUCAAGUAUUUUCUGGGAAAACUCCAUCAAAACUAUGUUGCAUCGGACCACGAGAGAAACCCGCUGUUCUUGUCAGUCGUUUUAAGCGACGGAGGAGAUCAAUGUGUACCUCAUUAUCGUGUCAUCCUCUGGAAGCGAACGGGCGCGAAGAAAAUGUCACUUCCCUAUUCCUCAAACAAAUCAAUGACUGUGAAGCAAAUCCUGAGAGAGGGCGAGUUCGGGGUUCGAGAGGUUCUUGGAGAUUCUGGGGGAGAGAAUACGCCUUAAGGGCUGGGACAAGUACAGAGGUGGUCUAGACAUCAAAGGCGAUAUGACGGGCAAAGAGAGUGUUUACACGGUGUACGCUGGUCACGAGGUCAUGUACCAUGUGAGCACGAUGUUGCCUCACUCCAAGGACAAUCCACAACAGUUGGAGAGGAAGAGGCAUAUCGGCAAUGACAUUGUAAAUAUCAUAUACUCGGACGAUCCGUCCGUACUGGAGACAUUCAAUCCCAACUGCAUAAGGAGUCAAUUUACUCACGUCUUCGCCGUGGUGACGAGCGAGGAGAACGAGCGCUGGAGAAUAGCAAUAUACUGCGACGAAAGUGUUCCUCUCUUUGGUCCAAGUCUACCUUGUCCCCCCGUCUUCGAGGAUCCGUACAACUUCCGUGAAUUUCUCCUGGUGAAGCUGAUCAAUGGAGAGAAGGCGACAUUCGACACUCCGACGUUCUCCCGGAAACGAGAGCGAACCCUUGAUGCUCUCUUACGAGAUCUGUACCAGGAACACACUCAGGAUGCCAAGGGCAACAGUAUGCUGAACAGACGUGCAUUGUCGGAUGUGGUUGAAACUCCAGGAAGAAGGAGAGAGGAAACACGUGUUGUGGAAAUGGUUAGAGUUGGCCAGGCGUUGAAACUCGAAGCGAUCGUUCGAGGUCUAGCGCCAACAUCAUUGGCAACUGUUGGCCCCCUCAAGCCCCGACCCUGGGAGCCCCGCUGCAUCUACCCAGAUUUCUCCCACGACUUGAUCUGCGGAGACAUAUGGUCGGAGAACAAAUUGGUAUUAGCCACCGAGAACGGUACCUUCCUGGUUGAGGAUGGAAUGGAGAACAAGAUGUUGUUCGACAAGACUGUCCUUAUCAGACAACUCGAUGUCGUUGAACAGCACGGAAUACUCCUAUUCAGAGCUGGUGACAAAGGAAAGGAAUGCGGUGUACACGUUUACAGAUUGAGUGAGCUGGAUGGCGAUGAGGCGCACACUGUCGAUGAUUACUCAUUUGAAGAGGACGAUGAGGUGCUAGAGAGCUUUACAACCCACGCUUCAACCGCUAGACCGCCCAUUACGAGGACACGGUCUCACGUGAAGGAGAGAAAAUUAGAGAGGACUCGAGGAUGUCAUUUGUACAGCUUAACGAGACCAGGUGGCUCGCAUUUACGUAUGUGCGUUGCUGUCGGAAGGAGAUUAACUUUGUUGCAGUGGAAGCACAACGCUGCGUGGACGACUUGGUGUUCGGCGGCUGAUACUGACACAGUCGAUGGGUUUUUACUGAUUAAAGAGUACAAUGCCUCUGAGCCACCGAAUAUCGUGACAAUCAUUGAGAGCACUGAGGGCGGCAAUCAGUGGCUGCUCUGCUGUGGUUUACGCCAUCACUUCGAACUUAUUUCGGCUGAAGGCACCAGUAGAUCGUUACAUGUUGAGGCAUCCAUGAAGCCUCAUAUCAUCGCUGCACUCGAUCUCAGGGAGGACGAGGAGCCUGAAGUAUUGUUGUGUUACAAUAAUAUUUGUCACUUUCAGAAACUCUCUGAGGAGAGUGCCGCAGCCACCGAGUUUGACUUCAAUUGGAAUUCUGUACCAAUAGCUGUUGCAUGUGCCUUUCCGUAUGUUAUCGCGUUCACCGCUGAUACCAUGGAAAUUCGGUUAAUUAUUAAUGGUAAUCUUGUUCAUACUAUCACAAUGCCCAAUUUAACGCUUAUUAGCUCCAAGCGGGAUAUCUAUUUUGCUACGACUGCACCCGAAUUUUUGGCAAACAAGUGCGAGAGGAUACGGGUUGAUACCAAGGAGAGGGAAGACAGGAGUGGCAGUCCACCGACUUCACAGUCGAGUUUGACCAACUCUCAGAAUGAUGUGAAACCUUUGAGGAUUUACACAAUACCUCUGCACACCCUAUCCAGACCGACGUCAAAGACGAGCAAUCGAGAACGUUGCACAAGUCCAGUAGAGCCGGAGAUAGUGAACACCCAGCCGCCUUGCGAUCCCAAUUUCUUGAGUGUCGAGCCCCACAGAUUGCUCAGCAGAUCAUGUAGCAGCAGCCCAACACCGAAUCUCGGGGCGUCCUCAGCCUCCACCCCGAGCAAAUAAAUGACAGCAUGAAAAGGGCAGUCGUAAAACACACUGAGGUACUCCCUCACCCGAUCAUUCCGACGUGAAGAUUCCGGAAUGGAUCUGAUUCACGUCCACACCAGUCAGCACAAAUGGCUAAAGUGAGGACCGAGGGAUCUGUUUUUUUAGUCGAGCUGUGGAUAAAACGGCGCAGUGCGUCGAGCCACGUGUUUUGCUGGAUCGAAGUGGUGAAGAAUUGAGGAGAUUAAUGAGAAAAAUUCUACUUUUAGAAAUGUCUAGGUCUAUCGUCCACGAUAAUAAUGUGUUAUAAAUAAUGAAAUAUUGUUACACGUACAGCCGUGUCUCACUGUAAAAAUCAAAUUGAAGCAGAUGGUUCUUGAGAAAAGUUAUUGAAUAAAAAU